ACGCUCUCGUCUCCAGCCUGCUGGCUGUCGCAUCGUCGCUGUUUGGGUAUACAAGUUCUAGGGCGCACGCAUACACCUCUCACCGGUGGAAGGACCACUUUAUUCAAACCGUGCCUUGACCUGUGGAGCUUGAGUCGUGGGCUGUGGCCCUAAUAUCCUGCAGGUCGUUCAGCCACGGUCCCAGUUGAGCAACGCAGACCAGCAACCAUCAUCCCUUUGACGUAUCUGACAUUCACGGGCGCAUAUAUUACCUCUAUUGAACCAUAUCUCGACGCCAUAGUCGUCGCUCGGCCUCCUGGUAUAUUAAGCACUCCUCCGCCCUUACACCCGCAUACCCCCACCUCCACCAUGGCGACCUCAGCCAUCCGACGCAAGCCAAUCCAAACAUACAGGUCACCCUCAGUGACCUCUUUCGCAGAGCAAGUCACCCAAACACAGCUGCGUUCACACGCGCCCAAGAAGCCCUCUUCAGCCACCACGCGCGAGAGCUCUCGCGAUCCCGGCGGCGCUAAAUCCCUGAUACCCAACAGCACGAACGCCCCGGGCCGAGGCCGGUCCCGAAAGGGUCCUCCGCUGCCCCUCUACCACCCCCUUGGCCCCCUCGCGCUCUCCCUGCCCGAGCUCGAUCCCGCGCAGUUCGGCCUACCCAAUCGCGUCAAUGUCGACGAUGGCACCGACGAGCUACAGGACACCAGCCGCCGCUCAUCAUCGCGCGCACGCCGCCCCGCCGCGAAGGUGCGCGAUCGCGACCACGAGGCGGUCGAUCUCGACGAUGCGUCGUUCGCGUCGCCCACAUCCGCGCCGUCCAGCGUCCGAGAGGGCUCCGCCGAGAAGCGCACAAGCAGCCCGCGUAAAAGGCGUGCUGCAGGCACGACUGGCACCAAACGCAAGAGGAAGGCAGAGACCGAUGACGCAGACGGCGUCUUCCCACCUGCUGCGAAGCGGACCCGGAACCCGCGCGGCACGGGCAACACGACUCCUCUCGUCGGAUCGCCUCUCGUGAGCGCUGCUGUCGCGGCCACUGUUGAGGAUCCUGUCGAGGAUGCGACCCCUGCUCCGGAUAGUGGAGAGGCCGAGGACGCUGCUGCGGACACUUUGCCUGAACCUAAGCGCUCGCGAACGCGGAAGCCUCGCUCUACGCCUGCGAAUAAACGCCGUAACUCGAGUGCGAGCACGUCUACGGGCACUUCGGUGUCUGUGUCCAUCGCCAACACGCGGAAUACGCGUAGCUCGAAGGCACGCCAGGACGCGAGCAAUGGAAGCGGUUCUGAUCGUGCCAGCAACGGGAACGAGAACGAGAAUGGGGAUGGGGAGAAGAAAGAGGAGGCAGAGCCCGAGGACAAUGUUCUGACCACAGACAAGACAGACGAGGAUGACAAGGAUGACAAUGAUACCGUGCCUUUAACGCCUAUCGACAAUCCUCAAGUGGAGGAGGCAAAGAAGGACGAAGAAGAGAAGGAAGCUGACAAGGAAGACAAGAUGGAUGUCGAGGCUGUUCCCGCAGAGCCUGCACCUUCGCCCAUUCCUGAGACUUCCACUAAGGAAGAGAAGGAAGAAGGCGAGCUUAGCGACGAACCCGACGGCACUCCCGCUCCCAUCCCUACGAAGCGUUAGUUGCUGUCCGCUAUCGUCUCGAUCUUGAUCCUCGUGUUUACUCACGUCCGUCAGCCUCUGCAUGCUUUGGAAAUGCUACCACCUGUACAUCUAGGCUGUCUCGCUCUGUAACGCUAUCUACGCUCUCCUGACUCGUUCAUACCUUAGCACAUACUAAUCUCUCUGCAUCAUACUAUCUCUUUCAGAACGCUCUUGAUGAUCCGACUGCCUUCGAUGCAGGUUUUGAGCGAACCGAAAGGUCUCGUGGUCAGAUCCAGCAGGUUCCAGUAUAUUGAUAUGGAGGAUCUACGCAGGCGGCAAGAAUGUCGCCCAUAACACGACGGAGAUCGUCCCCCAGAUGACGCUCCAGGCCACCCAGGCCUUCCCCCAUUUCGGAUGCUCGACGAUCAGCCAUGCUGCCGCCCAAUACGUAAAAGGCAUAGAGGCGGCCAGUCGCAG